UUUCCCUCCAAUUUUCCUCAGGGGAGAAGCCGGGCCCAGGGCGACGGGAGGGCCGGGGCCCAGGCCGCGAUGCCGCUGCUGCACCGAAAGCCGUUUGUGAGGCAGAAGCCGCCGGGCGACCUGCGGCCCGACGAGGAAGUUUUCUACUGUAAAGUCACCAACGAGAUCUUCCGCCACUACGAUGACUUUUUUGAACGAACUAUACUGUGUAACAGCCUUGUGUGGAGCUGUGCUGUGACCGGUAAACCUGGACUCACCUAUCAGGAAGCCCUUGAGUCAGAAAAGAAAGCCAGACAAAAUCUUCAGAGUUUUCCAGAACCACUAAUAGUUCCAGUUUUGUACUUGACCACCCUUACCCAUCGUUCGCGUCUGCAUGAAAUUUGUGAUGAUCUCUUCGCUUAUGUCAAGGAUCGAUAUUUUGUUGGCGAAACUGUGGAAGUAGUUAGGAACAAUGGUGCAAGGUUUCAGUGUAAAAUAAUAGAAGUCAUCUCUCCAGCUCAGCACAAUGGGAUUGCUAAUGGCCACAUCAACAAUACUGAUGGCGAUACCAUUAUCAUCAGUGAUAGCGAUGACUCUGAAACUCAGGACAAUUCUACACAAAAUGGAAAGAAAAACACCAUAAUUGAUUCUUCAUUGUUCAAAUACAAAGUGCAACCUGUAAAAAAAGAUGUAUAUGAACCUGUGGUCGUUAAAGCAUCUCAAAUAAGCCGGCGGAAACAUCUGUUUUCUCGUGAUAGGCUUAAACUUUUUUUGAAGCAACACUGUGAACCACACGAUGGAGUCAUUAGAAUUAAGGCUACAUCUAUUGCAAAAUACAAGAUAGCAGAACAAAAUUUUUCUUACUUCUUCCCUGAUGAUCCUCCAUCAUUUGUCUUCAGUCCUGCAAGCAGACGGAGAGGAAGGCCUCCAAAGAGACUAUCCAUUGGUCAUGAGGACAGGAUUACUAAUGCACAGAUUGUUCAAGGAAGUAGAAGUGCGGCUAUGAAAGAAAGGGAAAGAAUCCUAAAACAAAAAGAUGAAAUGAAGUCACUGACUUUUGAAAAGGCCAAAUUAAAAAGGGAAAAGGCAAGUGCCAUAGAAGCCAAAAAAAAGGAAAAGGAAGAUAAAGAGAAAAAAAGGGAAGAGUUAAAGAAAAUUGUAGAAGAAGAGAGACUGAAGAAGAAAGAAGAAAAAGAGAGACUCAAAAUACAAAAAGAAAAGGAAAGAGAGAAGUUACGGGAAGAAAAACGAAAAUAUGUGGAGUACUUAAAGCAAUGGAGUAAGCCUAGGGAAGACAUGGAAUGUGAUGAUCUUAAGGAACUUCCAGUACCAACUCCAGUGAAGACUCGACUGCCUCCUGAAAUCUUUGGUGAUGCUCUGAUGGUGUUAGAAUUUCUUCAUGCUUUUGGGGAGCUCUUUGACCUUCAAGAUGAGUUUCCUGAAGGACUCACUCUAGAGGUUUUAGAGGAAGCUCUCGUAGGAAAUGACAGUGAAGGCCCACUAUGUGAAUUGCUUUUUUUCUUCUUGACCGCCAUCUUUCAGGCUAUCGCUGAAGAGGAAGAGGAAGUAGCCAAAGAGCAAAUAACUGAUGCUGAUACCAAAGAUUUAACAGAGGCUUUGGAUGAAGAUGCAGACCCCACAAAAUCUGCACUGUCUGCAGUUGCAUCUUUGGCAGCUGCAUGGCCACAGUUACACCAGGGCUGCAGUUUGAAAAGCUUGGAUCUUGAUAGCUGCACUCUUUCUGAAAUCCUAAGACUUCACAUCUUAGCAUCAGGCGCUGAUGUUACGUCAGCAAAUGCGAAGUAUCGUUAUCAGAAACGAGGGGGAUUUGAUGCUACAGAUGAUGCUUGUAUGGAACUGCGUUUGAGCAAUCCUGGAAUACUGAAGAAACUUUCUAGUACUUCAGUGUAUGAUUUGUCACCAGGUGAAAAGAUGAAAAUUCUUCAUGCACUCUGUGGGAAACUACUGACCCUUGUCUCCACUCGAGAUUUUAUUGAAGACUAUGUCGAUAUAUUACGACAAGCGAAGCAGGAGUUUCGAGAACUAAAGGCUGAGCAGCAUCGCAAAGAAAGAGAAGAAGCAGCAGCUAGGAUACGCAAAAGAAAGGAAGAAAAACUCAAGGAGCAAGAGCUAAAGAUGAAAGAGAAACAGGAAAAAUUGAAGGAAGAGGAGCAAAGAAAUACUACUGCAGAAAUAUCCAUUGGGGAAGAGGAACGGGAGGAUCUAGAUACUAGCACUGAGAGCAAAGAAAUUGAACAGAAGGAACAGGAUCAGGAUACUGUCACAGAAGAUGAGGAGGAUCUGGGAUCCAGUAAAAGAGGAAGACGAGGGAGAAGAAGUCAAAAUGGAUUUAAAGAUUUCAUAAGGCAAGAAGAUCCCGGAUGUGCCAAGAGAAAGUCUCUUACAGCUGAUGAAGAAGAAACAUUAAAACGGGAGCAACAAAAAAAGGAAAAGGAUCUUCUCGAAAAAAUUCAAAACGCCACAGCCUGUACCAACAUUUUUCCUUUGGGCCGUGACCGCAUGUAUAGGCGGUAUUGGAUCUUCCCUUCUAUUCCUGGGUUGUUUAUAGAAGAGGAUUAUUCUGGCCUCACAGAAGAUAUGUUGUUGCCCAGGCCAUCGGCCUUUCAAAAUAAUGUACAGCCUCGGGUGGCAAAUGAACCUCAGGUAUCUACUAAAACUGGAGAAUGUCUGAAGGCUGAAUCUACCUCCAUUAUUGACCAAGUUCCGUACAGUGUUGCCAUACAGAUGCCAAGGCCGGUGCAUAAGCCAAACCGUUGGUGCUUUUACAGUUCCCAGGAACAACUGGACCAACUCAUUGAGGCUCUUAAUUCUCGUGGCCAUAGGGAAAGUGCCUUAAAAGAAAUUCUCUUGCAAGAAAAAGGCAGAAUAUGUGAACAACUAGCUGGUUUUUCAGAGGAAAAGUUCCAUAUUCCAGAUAAAGCUCAAACCGAAAGCAAACCGACUUUGGGACGAGGGAGACUGUCCAGUACAUAUGAUACUUCUCAAAUGACUGCAGAAAAGCAGCUUGAAUUGAGGCUGAGAGACUUUCUUUUGGACAUUGAAGAUAGAAUCUACCAAGGAACACUUGGGGCAAUUAAGGUUACAGACCGACAAACCUGGAGAGCAGCCUUAGAAAGUGGAAGGUAUGAGCUAUUGAACGAGGAAAAUAAGGAAAAUGGGAUUAUUAAAACUGUGAAUGAAGAUGUAGAAGAGAUGGAAAUUGAUGACCAAGCCAAAUUCAUCGUAAAAGAUAGACUUCUGGGGAUAAAAACAGAAACGUCAAGCGCUGUCUCAACCAGUACAAGCACACCGCAGCCAGUCAGUAACAUGGUCCAUUACCUGGCCAGUGCACUACUUCAAAUCGAACAAGGCAUUGAGCGUCGGUUCCUCAAAGCACCACUUGGUAAUGCAGAAAUUAAUAAAAGAGUUCCAAAGGGAACUAGAAAGAGAAAGGAGGACGAAAGAAAGAAAGAGGAAGAACAGACUAGUAAGAGAGAUGAUGCAAGUGACAGUGGUCGUUCUUAUAAGACUGUCUUGGAUCGUUGGAGAGAAUCUCUCCUGGCCUCUGCCAGCCUUUCCCAAGUCUUCCUCCAUCUCUCUACCUUGGAUCGAAGUGUCAUUUGGUCUAAGUCUAUCCUGAAUGCUCGCUGUAAGAUAUGCCGAAAGAAGGGUGAUGCCGAAAGCAUGGUGCUCUGUGACGGCUGCGAUCGAGGUCACCAUACCUAUUGCGUGAGGCCGAAACUCAAGGCUGUUCCCGAAGGAGACUGGUUCUGCCCAGAGUGUCGACCGAAGCAACGCUCAAGACGCCUCUCCUCCAGACAGAGACCAUCCGUGGAAAGUGAUGAAGAGCAGGAAGAACAGAUGGGAGAGGAGGAAGAGGAUGACUAUGGUGAAGUUGGGCAAAGUGAAGAAGAGGAUUAUGAGAUAGAGCAGGAGGAAGAGGAUGAAUCUCAAGAAGAGGAAGAAGUGAGUCCUCCAAAGCGCGGAAGACCACAAGUAAGACUAUCAAUCAAAACCAGAAGCCGACUUAGUACUCCUUUCUCAAGUCGAAGCAGCCAGCGCCAGGACUCUGGGAGAUAUGGUUCUCGGAGUCAGCAGAAUACCCCCAAACAAAGCGGGUCUGCCUCUAAAACUACCGGGAGAGGCCUAAGAAAGAUAAGAUCGGCCCCUACUACGGAAACUAAGCCUUCUUCAAGAUUUCCAAGCCGCUCGACUCGUCAGAGCCAUGGCUCGUUGCAAGCAGAUGUGUUUGUUGAACUUCUCAGUCCUCGUAGGAGGCGAAGGGGCAGGAAAACUGCAGAAAACACACCAGAAAACAGCCCCUCCGGCUUUCCCAGCUUCAGGGUCAUUGCCACUGCCACAAGUGAGCGGACAAGAUCAUUAAAUUCCUCACCAAAAUUCUCUCUUCAGGAUAGUGAGCCCAAGAGAAGAGGCAGAAAACGACAAUCUACAGAUUCAUCUCCCAAGACAAUGAACCGAAGAAGUUCAGGUCGCCAGGGAGGAGUCCAUGAACUGUCCGCUUUUGAACAACUUGUAGUAGAACUGGUACGGCACGACGACAGCUGGCCUUUCUUGAAACUGGUUUCCAAAAUUCAGGUUCCAGACUACUAUGAUAUCAUCAAAAGACCUAUUGCCUUAAAUAUUAUUCGUGAAAAAGUGAACAAAUGUGAAUACAAAUUAGCAUCUGAGUUUAUUGAGGAUGUUGAACUAAUGUUUUCAAACUGCUUUGAGUACAACCCUCGUAACACAAGUGAAGCGAAAGCAGGAACUAGACUUCAAGCAUUUUUUCACAUUCAAGCUCAAAAGCUUGGACUCCAAGUGACCCCUGGAAAUGUGGAUUAUGCUACGCCUCCAUCUGCAAAAAAGUCGCGAAUAUAAUUUGGUCCUUCCAAAGGAUUCAUUUUGAAAGAACCUAAUAUUGUUCAUAGAAGUGGAACAUUAAAUCAUGCUGAGAAGCAGUCUUAUUUGUAUAAAGCAAUAACAACUGUUUAACCACCUUGAAGUGUGGCCUGCACUAUAUUCUCGAUUUUAAUAUUAAGCACUCAGGAGAAUGUAGGAAAGAUUUCCUUUGCUACAGUUUUGUUCAGUGUCUAAAGUUUGAUGUAUUGGAUACAGUACUGGUUUACAGAGGUUUGUACAUUUUAAAAAUCAUUCAUGUGUCCAAAUAUCUCCCAAAAUAUUAUUUCUUCCGCACCUAUGACUUGUUUCAUCUUAGUUGUUCUAGAAGCUGUGGUAUUGUGGGGGCUUUAUCGAGACGGAUGAAAUCUUCUACUGUAGCACAGUUUGGGAAACUGUGUAAAUGUCUGAGAAUUGUUAAUGAGCACACCUUUUUCAACACUACACAUGAAUGAGUACAAUUGCAUAUCUUUAAAAGUGCUGUACCAGUGCCGGCUGGAGGUAUUCAGUCUGAGUUUAUUAAGUAGAUAUUUAUUUAGCAUUCAAAGUAAUUUGUGAAUUUGUUUUGUAUUUAUAAAAUUUGUACCUGGAAAAACAAAGUUCCUUAAAUUUUUGUUUAAAAUUUUACUGUGUUGUUUGUUUAUUCCUCUAACUUCCUAAUGAUCACCCAGACAAGGUAACACCUUUCCUUAGCAGUUCUUCCAGCGAAAGAUAACUUUUACAGAACUGUAUAAUAAGUUUCUAUGUACAACUUUUUUAAGUGUACAAAUAAAAUGAUACAUUUUUCAAAGUA